AUGGCCCGCCUCGACACGACAGUCACCGUCCUCGACGCAUUCAACAUCUACGCCAACCUCGACACAGCCGAUUUCCUCUCAGACCGCUACGGCGAUGACAUCGUCCCCGAAGACGAGCGCACAAUCUCAGACCUCCUAGUUGACCAGAUCGAGUUCGCAGACGUCCUCAUCAUCAACAAAACCGAUAUGAUCGAUCCUCCCCGUCUGCAGCGCAUCAAACACCUCCUUACACUCCUGAACCCUAGUGCCAAGGUCCUUGAGUCGAAGUACUCGAAAGUCGAUGUGAGGGAGAUCAUCUCCACUGGCCGGUUUGAUUUCCUCAAGGCUGCUAGUGGUGCGGGCUGGUUGAGGAGUCUGCAUGAGAUGACUAUGCAGAAGACGGGGAACGGGGACCGGAUGGCGCCGAAGCCGGAGACUUUGGAGUACGCCCCUUCCCCCUUCAUAUGUGAUUGA